AUGGCGACCGAGGUAGAUACUCGCGUCAUUUCAGCGUUUUCUUCUCUACCCGAGACCUCCAUUACAUCUCUGAUCGACAGCCCUACGACAGAACUUGUUGUGUCAUUCCUCCGCAGUAUCGAGAACCGGGCCAAAGAAUGCGAGCAGAACAAAUCGCAAAAGAUCAAACUCGAGGUGGAGUUGGAAACGGUGGUUAGGACGAAUGAGUCAAAGGUGAAAGUUCUGCAAAACUCCCGUGACAAGGCUCUUGCAGAAGCGAGCAAGUUACGCGUGGACCUCCAGACUGCUGAAAAUGCACGCUCAAGACUGGACUCAGAGGUCGAGCAAUUACGCUCGGCUACUGCCAACGAAAAUGUCGAGAUCACCACCCUCAAAUCUCGUAUCUCUUCGCUCGAGGCCGCAAACAGAGAUACCCUGGUCCUAUUGGAAUCCAAGACCACUGCAUACGAGAGCCUGUCACAAGAUCUCUCUGCGCAACACCAGAAAGCGGUUGAACUUCGUAGGCAGAUCACGACCCUCGAGCAGUCGGUGCAGUCUGCCAACGCCGCUGUCGCCAGCGCCAGGUUCAAGGAACAGAGUCUUCAGCAAGAGGUGGAGAUGUUGAAGAAGAACAACGAGUGGCUUGAAAAUGAAAGAAAAAUCAAGGCAGACGAGCACGCAAACUUCCGUAAGGAGAAGAACGCACGCAUAUCCGAGCUUUCCAGGUCGAACGAGCAGUACAUCUCCGAGGUUGAGGCUUUGAGACGAUCCGAGACUUCUCUCAAACACCGUUUGGAGGAACAAAUGACCAAGUUUGAAGACACGUUGGAGGAAGUACAGAAGCUACGGGAAGAGAAAAUCUCUGCGGAGGAUGCCUUCCGUGUCGAACUUGAAAGCGUCAAUCGCCUUGCACAGUUGCAGGCAGCAUCUGCGGAAACAGCCAAACAACGCGUUCAAGAACUGUCUGCUGCAUUGGAAGAGGCUCGCGAGGAGGCAGCAGAAGAGAUCGGGACUAUUCGCGCGGAAAUCGAAACGGAACACAAUGACCGCGUGGCUGCUGAGCAGCGAGUUGCUGAACUGGAAAAGUCCCUGGAACAACUGUCCGGUGAGCUCGAGGAAGCCCGUGCCCGACCUAGCACUCCUCAGCGACCCUCCAAUGGAUCCGGCAUCACCACUCCUCUACGCCCUGGAACGCCCAGUGGGAUCUUCACUCCUGCCAGUGUGUCAAGACCGCGGACACAGAUGACUAUGACUCAGCUGUUCUCGGAGUACAAGAAGCUUGAAGCAGAAUUGGCGAACGAGAAGCGUGUCAGCGAGCAACUGCGGGAGAACCUUGACGCUAUGGUUGAGGAGCUCGAAAGCAACAAACCGGAGAUUGAAGAGCUUCGAACAGACCAUGAGCGACUCCAGAGUGAGGUGGUGGAGAUGUCUUCUAUUGUGGAUAAGGCGAAUGCAGACCGCGACUCAGCCAUUAAAGAACUGAGGAACUGUCAGGGUCAGCUGGAGGGCAAAUCAAAAGAAGUUCAGGUUCUGACUCAGCAACUCCGAGAUAUGGGCUCAGAGAUUCGCUUCCUCCUAAUCGAACAACAUGUGCGGGAGCAAGGUGGCAAUCUCACGCGGGAGGAGUUUGAUGAUCUAGAAAAUCAGGCAAAGGAGGCCAUGUCCCAAGAUAUGGCCAACCUCUCUGAAACUCAGCAAUUGAUCAAUCAGCGGUUGAUUGUGUUCAAGAACAUCCACGAACUCCAACAACAGAACGAAAACCAACUCAAGACUAUUCGCAAUUUGGUCAGUGAGCUCGAAAGCAAUGAGACCAAGGAGAAAGAGCAGCAGAACCAUGCUCUUAGCCAAGAGCUCGAGCAGGCGCGUGCACAGAUUGCUUCGUAUCAAGACGAACUCCGGACCAUGGUGGCUCAAACACAGAGCUUCGUUAAGGAGAGAGACAUGUUCCGAAACAUGCUCACCAGACGCGGUCAUCUACCUGCUCAAGUUCAACCCACCGACUUUUCGCGGUCAUUGCCUAUACCUGCCGGCGGAGCAGAUUCACUCGCAGCAUCUGCCACGGGUGGCGAUUCCGACUAUGCGAAGUUACUCAGAGAUCUUCAGCAACACUUUGACUCGUAUCGCCAGGAAGCCUCGACCGAUCACACUGCCUUGAAGAACCAAGUCGAUGAAUUGAGUAGGAAGAACUCGCAGCUGCAAACUGAGAUGAGUCGGACCCUGGGACAACUUACCGCUGCCAAUCAACGCUACGAAAUGCUGCAGGCAAAUUACAACUCUCUCAAGGCUGAAAAUGCUGAGAUUCAAAAGAGAUCCUGGACGGCCAUGGAGAACGCGACCAAGCAGGAACUGAAAACACAGCAAGUUGCUGAAGAGCUUGUUGAGGCUCGUGGCCUGCUUGACAGCCUGCGUCGGGAUGCCGCAAACCUCAAAGCCGAGAAGGACCUGUGGAAGAGCGUCGAAAAACGUUUGAUCGAUGACAACGAGUCUCUUCGCAACGAGAGAAGUCGAUUAGAUCAGCUCAACGCCACCCUCCAAACUAUGAUCAAUGAGCGGGAGCAAACCGAUGCUGAGGGCCGCCGACGACUGCAGUCACAUUCAGAAGCCCUGGAGGCUGAACUCCAAUCUGUCAAGAGAAAACUGAACGAGGAGAACGAAGAAAGCAAGAAAGCUGCGUUGAGACGAGAGUACGAGCACAACCAAGCCCAGAAGAGAAUCGAUGAUUUGGUUACGAGUCUCGGCUCAACAAAAGAAGAGCUCGCCUCCGCAAAGACGGCCAGAGAUCAUUUACAGGCUAGAGUGGAUGAGCUUACAGUUGAGCUUCGUUCUGCGGAAGAACGGUUGGAGGUCCUGACCAAACCUGCAGAGCCCACCAACGAACCCAAUGGGCAGGAAGAGAGUCCAAUCACCAAGGAGCAAGAAUUGGCCGUCGAAGUUUCUGAGCUUAAGCGUGACCUUGAGCUCAAGGUCUCCGAACUUGAACGGGCCAAUGAACAGGUUGAGGUGUAUAAAAACAUCAGUCAAUCCAGUGAAGAGCGCCUUCAGGAACUUAGUGAGACAAAUGACCAAUACCGCGAAGAGACGGAAGCGGCUCUUGCUGAAAAGGACGCAAAGAUCAAAGAGCUUGAACAGCGGAUUGAGGACAUUUCUUCAGAAUUGAGCACCACAAACUCGGAACUUUCCAAACUCCGCGACGAACAGGCAGAGUUUCAACACAGAAUGGACGAACAAAAGGCAAGCUUUGAGGCCGAGGUGGAACGUGUCAAGGAAGAGGCCGAAAAGAACGCGGAACAAGCCCAGUUCAACCUGGAGGCUUCCAAGAUCCAAGCAGAAAUUGCCACGGAAGCACAACAGAAUUACGAGAACGAGCUUGUCAGACAUGCAGAAGCCGCUAAGAAUCUGCAUGUGAUUCGGGAGGAAGCAAAUCAACUUCGUCUAGAAAUGGUGGAUCUUCGAACCCAGGCUUCCACAUACAAGUCAGAUCUGGAACAGAAAGCAGCGAGUUGGGAAGACAUGAAGGAACGAUACGAAAGAGAAAUCUCUGACCUGAAGAAGCGACGUGAGGAAGUCGUCCAGCAAAAUAACCUCUUGCAUGGACAACUGGAAAGUGUCACGCAGCAAAUCACUGCCCUGCAACGCGAUCGUGCCGCAAUGGCAGAAGGAGACAACGAGGAGGCCACUGAACAACCAUCUGCAGAGCUGGACAGAUUACAGGAGGUCAUUACCUAUCUGCGGCGCGAGAAGGACAUUGUCGAUGUUCAGUAUCAGCUGUCGCUACAAGAAGCGAAAAGACUAAGACAACAGCUUGACUUCACCCAAUCUCAACUUGAUGAAACGCGUCUCAAGUUGGAUCAACAGCGCCGCGCGGACGCUGACUCUGAGCGGAACAAACUUGAACAUAACAAGCUCAUGGAGUCCCUGAAUGAGCUGAACCUCUAUCGAGAAAGCAGCGUUACGCUUAGAGCGGAGGCCAAACAGGCCACCCAAGCGCUUGCAGAGAAAUCUAAACGUGUCGAGGAACUGGAAAGUCAAGUGCAAGCAUUGCAUGCCCGGGUUGCAGAGCUCGAAAAUCUGGUUGAACUACGCGAAGGCGAGCUGAAAUUGAGCCAGGAAGACCGUGAUCAUUGGCAACAACGCACCCAGAACAUUCUUUCCAAGUAUGACCGGGUUGAUCCCGCUGAGUUGGAAGCACUGAAAGAGAAGCUCACCAGCCUGGAGACAGAACGUGAUGAGCUCAAGAGCGAACUUGACAAGGUGAAGGUUGAACGCGACGAAGCGCAGACAGCCCUUCAAGAGCAGAUCAAUUCUACACAGUCCGCAGUUGAACUGGCCAAAGGUGACUUGAAGACGAGACUGGAAAAUCAGUUCAAGGAGGUUCUGAGGAAGAACAGAGCAGUCCUCGGGGAGCGAAAAGCUGAACUUGACGCGGCACUGUCCGAGAAGGCCGAUCUGCAGACAGAGCUUGAUUCCCUGAAGGAACAAUUAGCCACAGCUCAAUCGCAAAGCCAGACAGCCCCAACGACUCAGGUCAAUGGUGAACAUGAGCCAACUGCCGAGGAACCUGCCGUGGUAUCUGCCACAACUAAUGUCGAUAUUUCCGAACUUGAGACCAAGGUAAAAGAGCUCGAAGAGUCCCUAGCAGAAAAAGAGAAAGAACUUGAAGAGCUCAAGUCGACGAAUGAAGAGAAAUUCAAGGUCAGAGUGUCUGCUAUGGAGAAGGUCCUCAACAACCGGUUGGCUGAGGUCAAACAUCAAGCUCAAGAGGCGAAGAAGGCUGCCCUGGAGGAACUUUCCGAAAGACUCAAUGCACAACAUCAGCAGGAACUGGAAGCUCUGAGAGCCGGUUCAAUUCCGGUUGCUGCGGAGUUGCAGAAACCAAGUGAAGAGACCACCGAGACUUCAACAACUAUCGACCCAGCUCAGAUUCCUGAUGAAGUGCUGUUGAAUUUGCCAGAAGAGAAAGCCAGAAUGCUUGUGGCCAAACAUGAGGUUCUGCGGAAAAUCCUGCAAGUCAACAUCAAGAAACAAGUGGAGAAGGAGAGAGAGGCUCUGCGUAAGGAGCUUACCCAACAGCUUGGUUCAUCAGGGGAAGAUGGAGUUGCUUCUGCAAAGAUCGAAGAACUGGAACAAAAGUUCACCACGGAGAAAGAGUCCAUCAUCAAACAGAAGGAAUCCGAGUUCAUUGUCGAGAAAGAGGCUCUGGUCAAACAGUAUGAGGAAAAGCUAGCACGAGAAAAGCAGGACCUGAUCAUCAAACAUCAAGACGAUCUGACCAACCAGAAGCUCCAAUUCGAUAAGGAAGCACAGAGAAAGAUCGAAGAGCAGCUCAAGAAUGCGGAGCAGAUGUGGGAGAAGCGUGGAAAUGUAAAGUUCAAUAUGGCUCAGGGUCGAGCAGCACAGGCAGCUGCUAAACUCGAUGUUGUCAAGAAAGCCGCCGAAGAGACCCCUGAGAAGCCUGUUGGUCAGGUGUGGGAUGUUGCUAAAGACGCCAAACCGGCGGCAGCUCCAAAACCGACACCUCCCGCGGCAGCAUUGACAACCGCUGCUCCAGCUCCGGGUCAAUCACCAGCGAAGCCAGACGCAAAGACAGACUCGAAGGCAGUGGCUGAAAGCAAACCGAAUGGCAAUGUUCAAGGCCAGCCUCAAACCCAACCGGCGGCCGCCGAAAAACAGGCACAACCUCAACCUGCUGCCACACAGGCAGGUUCAAAGCCUGGACAACAGGCUCCAGCUUCUUCUGGCCAGGGAGUCCCUAAACCAACAGAAGCCUCACCGGCGGAGACGGAGAAGCUAGCCCCCAAACCUGCUCAACACUCUGCUGGAGAGCAAGCUAAAUCUCAACAAGCAUCUGGAGCAGCCUUGAUGCGGCAACUUGAAUCUGGCAUACCUCGAGGAGGAGCGAUUCGAGGCAAUCGCGGUAGCGGAAUCCCCAGAGGUCGCGGAGGCGCUCGCGGUGGUCGAGGCGGAGCCGGGCAUGGGAAUACAGGAAUCCCUCAGCAAGGCCGUGGUGGUGCUCAAGGCAGUCCGGGACGAGGAAAUUUGAAUCCCCAAGCUGCUCAAUUCACCCCUGGAGGAAACAAGCGAGCUCGUGAUGAUGGCGAAGCUGCAGACGGUGGUGGCCAGGGCAAGCGGAUUCGUGGCGAAGGUGGAUCGACCUAG